AUGAUUCCAAUUAUCCGCCAUGUAAUCCUUGCGGGAAUGCUGCUUCCAGUCGCCGCUUUCUCCGUUGUACCCAACAAGGUGGUAGUUUCGAUACCCAAAUCGGCUACCGCAAAGAAAGUUGGUGGCCUGUUUCAGUCCGCUGUACCCCUGGAGGUGGAUGUCUUUGAACCUGCCGUAACCGAAGAAGAAACUCAGCAGCUUGACUUUUCCAUCGAAAGUGUAUCCCGAGGAGGAAAUACUCUGCUUCAAUCCCCACGACAGACAUUAGGGAAUCUGUACCAGUCAUACCUUCGAGCCAUUGAAGAAAGACCAUACCUGACAAAAUCAGUGACUGCAGCCGUUGUGAAUUUCUUCGGCGACAUGUUGGCCCAGUUCAUUGAAGCAGCCAAUGCAGGAGUACCAUUUGUUCCGAACUGGGUGCGACUGCAAGGGUUUGCCUUGUGUGGUUUGCUCUUCAUUGGGCCCUAUGUUCAUACUUGGUAUCAACAACUAUGGAAGGUUGGAAGCUGGAUGGAAAAGAAAUAUGAUAGUCCCAAGCAAGUGCAAACAAUUGCACAGCUUGUGUUGGACCAAACCAUUGGCGUUGUCAUCUUCUUCUCCACCUACUUUUACGUGUACGAGAUUAUUGAUGCACUUGUUAGCUUCAGAUUGCCCAUCAUGUCGGCUGCUUCCGCCAAAGUUGCCGAGAGCUUUGGACCCGUACUCAUGACCAACUACUACUUCUGGCCCGCCAUCAACUGGAUCAGCUUCAACUAUGUUCCAGUACAACUACGUGUCCUCGUAAACAAUGUGGUGGGUGUUCUGUGGAAUGCCUUUUUGUGCGCCAAGUUGGCGGGCUAA